UGCCGCGAGCGAGAGAAGUCCUGCAGAACUGGGGGUCUGCUAGCUGGAACCCCUGGGGACGGGGCCAGCUGCUGGAGAGCGUAGGCCUUUUCGCUGAGCCUGGGGCUAGCCUGCAGUCAGUGACCGGGUCAGUUCCUACGAAGCGGAACUGGGUAGCAGUCCUCGCACUGCCAGCGUUCUUGACAUUCUCCCCCAGGGCGUGUAAAACUUGAGCAAGAGAAAGGUGUGUCAGGAGGCAGCCGCUGGCUGGAAGCGGUUCAGCCCGGCCCCUGAUAAAGGCCCCACGUGACUCGAGUGGGGUGAGGUGGCCAGAAUGGAGCUGUGGCCAGGGGCCUGGACGGUGCUGCUGCUGCUCCUGCUGCUGCUGCUCCUGCUGCUGCCCACCCUGUGCGUCUGUAGCCCCAGUGCCACGUACUUCUUCAAGAUGGCUUUCUACAACGGCUGGAUCCUCUUCCUGGCUGUACUUGCCAUCCCUGUGUGUGCCGUGCGAGGACGCAACGUGGAGAACAUGAAGAUCUUGCGUCUGAUGCUGCUCCACAUCAAAUACCUGUACGGGAUCCGGGUAGAGGUGCGAGGGGCCCACCACUUCCCCCCCUCACAGCCCUACGUCGUCGUUUCCAAUCACCAGAGCUCCCUCGACCUCCUCGGGAUGAUGGAGGUCCUGCCUGGCCGCUGUGUGCCCAUUGCCAAGCGCGAGCUGCUGUGGGCUGGCUCUGCUGGCCUGGCCUGCUGGCUGGCGGGCGUCAUCUUCAUCGACCGGAAGCGCACAGGAGACGCCAUCAGUGUCAUGUCGGAGGUGGCUCAGACCCUGCUCGCCCAGGACGUGCGAGUCUGGGUUUUCCCUGAGGGAACAAGAAACCACAGUGGCUCUAUGCUGCCCUUCAAACGGGGCGCCUUCCACCUCGCGGUCCAAGCCCAGGUCCCUAUCGUCCCCAUAGUCAUGUCCUCCUACCAAGACUUCUACUGCAAGAAGGAGCGCCGCUUCACCUCGGGGCGAUGUCAGGUCCGCGUGCUGCCCCCAGUGCCCACCGAAGGGCUGACACCAGACGACGUCCCAGAGCUGGCCGACAAGGUUCGGCACUCCAUGCUCACCGUUUUCCGAGAAAUCUCCACUGAUGGCCGGGGCGGCGGCGACUAUCUGAAGAAGCCUGGAGGGCUGGCCGAGGCCCGGCUCUGAGCCCCCCACACCUACCCUCCCUUUCUUCCUCCCCCACCCUACUGCCCCUCUUCCCACCUGUUCAUCUCUUUGGAGUCUUCAGCUUCUGAAGUGAAUGGGGUACAGCGCCCCUCCCUGCCCCUUCCCAGCCCACCCUCGGACUCUCUUGCCUCGGUGAGCCUCCACUCUGACCCCCACCCCUACCCUCCUGCCACCUUGUCUGUGGAACAGCCGC